AGGGAAGAAAAGCAGUUUUCCUCCUUGAGUUGGGCAGAAGGAGUGCGUUUGGGCUGACAGAACAAACAGCAUCGAGACCUGAAAGUGUGCGAGUGUGUAGGCUGUGUGUGCGCGUGUGUUUAUGUGUGCGCGCAUCUGAAGAGGCUUUCUGACGGACCGCAGAGAAUGAAGAUGUUGACAGAUCUGAACAUCAUAAAUUCCUGAGGAGCUUCUUCAUUCGUCUGCAGAUUGAGGUGUGUGAGCGUCAGUGGAGGGCAGAUGAUCAUAAACACGGACUGAGUGACACACAGGCUGCCGUCAGUGUGGAGUAGCUGUGGAGCAGUGUGUGUGUGUGUGAGAGUGUUUCCAUGCCCCGGUGGUGCGGGCGGCCGGCUCCAGUCUCAGGGAUGGAGCUCCGGGUACGGACGGGAAACGAAAAGUUCUGGACGUUGAUUCUGCUGGGCGUCUUGUGGAUUUAUUCGUCCGCUCACGCGAACGUGCUGGACACCAUGUUACAGAGGAGUUCUGGAAAGGUAACGGCGGGCCGGAAGGAGACCAACGGCGGCAGCGCAACUUCUGUGAUUCCAGAGAGGAUGUUAUUAUGCCACUGUUACCAUCACUGUCCUGAAGAUUCAACCAAUAAUACCUGCAGGACUGAUGGUUACUGCUUCACUAUGGCGGAGGAAGAGGAAGGAGGCUCGCCUGUGCUCACAUCAGGAUGUCUGUCUUUAGUGGGGUCAGAGUUUCAGUGCAGGGACACUGGAAACGCUCGUCUGAGGAGGAUCCUGGAAUGCUGCACCGAUCAGGAUUACUGCAACCAAGACCUUCAUCCGACACUGCCUCCGCUCAAGACACCCGAUGUUGACAGCUGUGUUAAUGUCAGGUACAGGCGUCAGGGCACACAGACGCGCUACAGUAUGGGUCUGGAGCAGGACGAGAGCUUCAUUCCUGCUGGAGAGUCUCUGAAGGAUCUGAUCGAGCAGUCGCAGAGCUCCGGCAGCGGAUCCGGACUCCCUCUGCUGGUGCAGAGGACCAUCGCCAAGCAGAUCCAGAUGGUGAAGCAGAUCGGGAAGGGCCGCUACGGGGAGGUGUGGAUGGGCCGCUGGAGGGGCGAGCGGGUGGCUGUGAAGGUCUUCUUCACCACAGAGGAGGCCAGCUGGUUCAGGGAGACCGAGAUCUACCAGACCGUCCUGAUGAGACACGAGAACAUACUGGGCUUCAUCGCAGCAGAUAUUAAAGGCACGGGCUCGUGGACGCAGCUGUACCUGAUCACGGAUUAUCACGAGAGCGGCUCGCUGUACGACUACCUGAAGUCCACCACGCUGGACACGCGCGCGCUGCUGCGGCUCUCGUACUCCGCCGUCUCCGGCCUCUGCCAUCUGCACACUGAGAUCUUCGGCACGCAGGGGAAACCGGCCAUCGCCCACCGAGACCUGAAGAGCAAAAACAUCCUGGUCAAGAAGAACAGCACCUGCUGCAUCGCUGACCUCGGCCUCGCUGUCAAGUUCAUCAGUGACACUAACGAAGUGGACAUCCCUCCAAACACGCGUGUGGGCACCAAACGCUACAUGCCUCCAGAGGUGCUGGACGAGAGUCUGAACCGCUGCCACUUCCAGUCCUACAUCAUGGCGGACAUGUACAGCUUCGGCCUGAUCCUGUGGGAGAUCAGCAGGAGAUGUGUGUCUGGCGGCAUCAUGGAGGAGUAUCAGCUGCCGUAUCAUGACCUGGUUCCCUCAGACCCAUCAUAUGAGGACAUGCGGGAGGUGGUGUGUAUCAAGAGGCAGAGACCCUCUUUUGCCAACCGCUGGAGCAGUGAUGAGUGUCUGAGGCAGAUGGGUAAACUGAUGAGCGAGUGCUGGGCUCAUAAUCCUGCGUCACGGCUGACAGCGCUGCGGGUCAAGAAGACGCUCGCCAAGAUGUCAGAGUCGCAGGACAUUAAACUGUGA